AUGGCCAUGGACGAUGCGGUGGCGGAGGCGGACCUUGCGGACCCGAACCCGGACGUGGGGGACCUGUUCCACCACUACGACGGCCUCUACUUCCGGGGCGCGCUUGCCGCCGCCGGCUUCACCGCCCAGUGGCGCUCCUCGUCGUCACCACCACUAAGCAGGUCUUUUGGAUCUUGCACCUUUUCAAGACAGCAAAAUACCAUAACACUCUCCGAGUCGUUUCUGAAGUAUCGCUCAUGUACUGACCGGAAGAAUGCAUUGCUUCAUGAAAUGAUCCAUGCAAUCAUAUACGUGAAGUUUCACAGGAAGGACCGCAAUCAUGGCGCUACUUUCCGUGCUUGGAUGGAAGCCAUUAACAAAUGCCGCGCACAGGAUCGCCAGAGACCAGAUGGUGGGUACAGUAUCACCACCCGUCAUGAUUUCAUCCCAGAAGAGCCCCAUAGCUUCAAGGGUAUGGUGUGGAAGUGUAGGUCUUGUGGUGAUACACUUCUGAGGGCCAUAAACCAGGGUCCUCCAUCUGAUGCCUGCUGCAUUGAGAACGAUGACAUCAGUGCAUCCUGUGGGAACAUGCUUUGUUACUGGCACAACCACAAGGAUGACUGUUCUGGUACAUACGAAAAAACAACGAUGCUGAAAUUAGAAGCACCAUCUCAAAAGAAAUUUGCAGGAGGUGCUCAGUUGCUUCUGACUUUACCAUCAGAAAUGUCCAAGUCAAAAGGAGCCAUUCAAGAAUCCAGUUCAUCUAUAUUGCAGUUGCCGUGGAGUACUAAAGCCACAAAACCAAAUACUGAAGACAAGCAUCUUUGUCUAGGGAGUGGCAGCAAUGGGAAACCUCAGGGAAGUAGCUCCUCGAAGAAAGCAGACAAGAGGCGCAGGCCUGAAAUGGUUGGGGAAACAAGUGUUAUGCCUGCUGCACCCCAAGGAAAACCAAAUCAAAACCAUGGAUUGGUUGCAACGGUGAAGCAAGCGCCUGUGUCCGUGGAAGGCUACAAUGAUGCAAAAUCACCUGGGAGAGAUACAUCAAAGAAAGCUGGCAAGCGGCAUAAGCCUGAUGAUCUUCAGAAAACCAGUGUUCUCCCUUCUGGACCCCAGGGAACACCAAAACUGAAGCAUGCAUUGGUGGCAACAGAGAAUAACAAACUCUCCUCAGCAGAGCGCAGCAACAAUGCAAAAUCACCAAUAACCAAUAUCUCAAAGAAAGCAGGAGAGCGGCAUGAGCUCCUGAUUGCUCAGAAAGCCUGUUCUCAGCCAGCUAACCCUCAGAAGAGACUAAAGCAAGACCCGGUUGCACCGGAAAAGAAAGAACUUUCCCCUUUGAUGGGCUGCAGCAAUGAGAAGUUAUUGGACAGGAGCUCCUCAAAGAAGGCAUACAAGCAGCAUGAGCCCGAAGACAUUCAGGAAACCCCUGUUCUGUCAACUGCCCCUGGAAUCAAACCCAUGGCAUCAGUCUUUGUUGCAUCAGAGAAGCAGCGAAAGGGAAAAUGCAAAAGGAAGAAGCCUGUGAAGGAAAAGGAGUAUGCUGUGAUGAGUGCGUGGCUGAACUUCUAUGAAUCAGACAGGUCAAGUGGAUCGCCCGAGCCCCUUGUAAACAAAAGAACAGAGCAAAGGAGAAGAGAAAGAGAGAGAGCAAAAAUGCUGACUUAUUCACGGUCAAAGAAGAUUAAAACCGAGCCAUCGGUCAACUCUGGGACAUAUGCCUCUGUCAGUAGCCACAGAAUCGAGAUGGCACCACAAGAUGGAUCGAUGCAACAGUCCUGGCCACCAUCUCCAUGCUCAGACCAUGCUGUUGGUACUACUGCUAAUCAGGUGGUGGUGACUCCAGCAACUGGAGAUCAGUCACAGCCAUCUGCUCCAUGCCUGGAUGUUGUUCCAUUGCUUCAGCCAGCAGAUCCAUUAACUUCUCCAGAUCAAAGCACUGCCCCUGAGAUGAUAGUAAUUUCUGAGGAUGACUGA